UCCAGGUCCUGAGUACCUCCAUGACGCCCAGUGCUCACCAUGUGUCACAAGGAAGCCAGUGACUGUUGGAGGGUUAACCCAACGGCCAUAACCAACGCCUUUGUGUGAUGAGGAGUGGGUAAACUCUUCUUUUUGAUAUGGUGAUAGGGGGCAGCACAUGAGGUUGUGCAGCGAUUGGACAAUGCACACCAGUAGCAGCAGACACUGGGUGCGUCCCGCCCCUUGCAAGCAUCACACGGCGGAGAAGUGGAGGGCAACAAACGGAUUUCUCUGUGCCUCCGACAUUUUUGACGAGAUUAUAAACAAAUGUGUGUAUUGCUGACACAGGAUCUGCUUGUUCCCUCGCAGCAAGAAGUCGGCCAGUAGAGUUGUUAUCGGAUAUUCAGGUACCCAACAUCAAAGAUGUACCAAGUCACGCCGUACGACACCGACGACGAGACCAUUGAUGCAGGCUGUCCUCUUACUCAUGGCGAUAUUUGAUCUGCACGAGACAAUACAGGCGUCUUCACAGCGUAAGUGUGUUUGUGUGUGUAUAUGGUGUGUGUGUUGUGUGUGUGUGUGUUUAGCCUUCAGUGUCCUAGGAUGUUCAGAAGAAUACCCCUCUCUACUAUAUAUCCAUGCUCUUACUGUGGUGUCUACAUGUUCUCUCUAGCUGGUCAUUAAAGUCAUUGCGACUACAUCGCCUGCUGCAGCGGUAGUGAGACUAGGGCUGGAAUGUGGGGCUGGUUGUCUGGUCUGAUGGACGUACCUCUGUCUGACUGUCACACCUGUCGGUGGUCUACUACAUUACUUCCAUUUCCUCCCUCCUAUGUCAGUGCGUGCGUGCGGUAGGAAGUGUGGGUACCCGUGUGUAAAGCUCUUGUCUGUAGAGGCGGGUACAGGCUGAACAUUAGAGGAAUUAUUUAACCCCGUGACCUACUGACACUGUAUAUACUUUUGUUGAAAUUCCCCGUUGUUUCAAUGCAGCGACUAUUGAGUGCGGGGAUUCCCCUGCAGACCCGUCUAACGUGACCUACGAGGGUCGGGUGGCGGGUAUGUACGUGGAGGGCAGACAACUCCAAUGUCACUCCAUCUCGCUGAUCGGCAGCCAGCGACACACAAUCUUUGAUGUCUUCAGUGACAGGUGUGGUGAACAGGCAGGUGGCGGGCGGCGCACGGUGCGCGUGAGGCUGCAGCACGUGUCGGGGCUGAUGGGGCCCACCGACCCCUUGUUCGUCCUGACGUGCAUCUUCCCGGACCACGUGACCAGCUCGACGCGUGCGGGGGCGUGGGAUCUGAUGACGUCACACAGUAACGAUGUGGAGUGGCCCUCAGUGCUUGUUGCAGAGGGCGCUGUUUCUGUGACGUCACUCAACGCUAAGGAGGAGAGCCUGCAGACCUCCGAGUCUUCUACCCAGUCUGUCCGCUUUCACCAGCCUCCUCCGCCUCCUCCUCCUCCUCAAGACACUCACGUUGAUGGCCGCCACACGGGGGCGCUACUGUCAACGGCGGGUCUGCUGCAGCAUGACGGACUGCGGACCAUGGCAGGAGAAAAACCGGAUAUGACAUCACUACGCCGGUCAGUUUGGCGGCAAGGCCAGGCACUUCCAUCCUCAAGCUCAACGUCGUCGAUGAGGUGGGAGACUUGCCGACAGUUGUCGUUCCUGGCAAGUUGUUGGCCUUGGAGCUGCACUCCGGAAACAUCAUGACCUUUGGAGCAGUAGCAGUGACGCGUUGCCAGGUAACCAAUCCUCUUGGUAACGAGGGCGAGGAACUGGAAGCAAAGGUCAUUGACAAAGGGUGUGGGACUGACGACGUCUUGCCCAAGUCAGCCACCUUCAGGCGAAGCCGGCACGGGCUGAUAACUCCUUUAUUUGCCGUUCCCGAGAUGUGGACGAGGGGACCAGCGCUGGUCUUUUCUUGUGACGUCAUCAUUUGUGCUCACGCCACGGACUGUCGACAGGUAUGCCCCACCACGUUUGCCACAUCCAUCUCCCCUGGGAUACACGACGUGGCUGUGACGCUGGAGAGCCAGGUAGUGACCCCUUGCCCUUUGACCGAGCAGCUUGGAGGUGAAGGACUGAGCCCACCUGGGUGUGAUCUUGGCUUUGAGGUGCCGCUGCCGUCAGCAGUGGGAGAAAAGGAUGCAAACAACAACAACAACAACACGGCCUCCAUGACGUCCCCUCUGUUACAGGAAGGCUCCUGGUUGGCCCAGCACCUUCACUACCUGCUCAUCAUCUGUGUCCUCGGUAUCUUCAUCGUCGUCUUCAUGUCCGCAACGUUCCUCAAAAUGGCGGCUAUGCAGCGGUACGUGUGCCAGACCAACAAGAUGAUGUCAGACGCGGCAGCGGCGGCGGCAGCGGCAGCAGCGGCGGCAGCAGCAUCGCGAGAGACGCAGAACCAAACGACGCAGACGGCACGGCCUCUUCCCAGCGUUCCCAGCACCCGCCGCGGGGGCCGUCGGGACGAAGACGGAACGUCCACAGCCGUGGUGCAGGCCCGCCAUUCACAGGCGAUGACGCCGACAACAACGUCGACGGUGUUGACCUCGGAGAGCUCGGCCUUCAUCUACCCGGAGCUGCCAGACGGGGGUCAAGUGCAGCCUGUGUGGGUUCCCGUGUCUCACAGCCCUACUGCUCUGAAAACCUUUUCGAUGCCCCCGGUGCACAGCUUUUCGCAACCUGUGAGCAGCUCCUCCGGCAUGGAUUCUGCUCACGAGCACCUCCAUCACGUCAACGUCAUAGAGGUCACGGCACAGCCGCAAGUAGUUGAGGUCAGAGGGCACAGCAAGCCCGCUAGCGACGUUGUAGAGGUUACACGUGAGACCGAAGGGGAAGAGGACAAGAGGUCCUCCUGGUCACAUGACUUCUUUGCACCAAAACCGAGCAGCUUUUCUGGCCGAGGAGGGACGGUGCUUGGAGUGAAUUCCCUUAAGAGGAGUCUGGAGCGAGACGGCUACUUCACCCAUCGUGGGAAUCUUACGGCGGGCCGUGACCUGGCCAUGACCCCGGGCUGCGCCCCGGACGGCGCUGUCAUUGCGAGGCAGUCACGUGACACAGGGAGAGCGGAGCUGGGAGUGGCUGUCGUCUCCCCAGACCAUCAUCGCUCUACUCAUCAUGAACAUCACCGGUCUCAUCAGGAUCCUCACAAGCCUCUCAGAGAGCCCCAACCUCACCAGGAUCCUCACAAACCUCACAGCAAACAGCAGCCUCACCAGCAGACAGGAACGAUCGCACAAGAAACGACACGUCUUUGAAUCACGUGGCAAACCACGUGACAAGCUUGUAAACACCGGUCCAUUAUUGAAGCAGAUUGAUGUCGGACAAUUAUGCACAAAGACAUUCACUUGUCACAACAGGUUCACUGACUUGUGAACUGUGACUGACUACAUGGCAGCUGUCACACCAGACAGGGUUUAUAGUCGAUACUGAGAAAAACUAUCGUGGUUCGUGUAUCAGCCUGUCCAGCUGAAUUUUUUCCCGGUUUUUUCUUUUGUUGAACCUUAUAGCUUGUCCAGGUACCGCUUGCUGGAGUCUGUCUUCUCUCUACAGUAGUUCGCUGACCUCUACACAAAGAGUCGAAGCUGACAGUCACGAGGAAGCUUCUAAGCUUGAAGAGAAAAUACUCUGUCAUCAUCCUGCCAUAUAAAGUACGAGUGACUAAGCAAUCUCUCGAUGAACUUUCUAGUCCCUGGUACAGACUUCACUGGCGAGGGUUUGUCACAUCACAUAACCUGACAGUGUCUUCCAGCUCAACUUGUAUCCUAUUGUACCCAUUUCAUCUUAAAGAAACUUUUUUUGUUAUGAAUAAACAAUUAUUUGUCAACA